UCGAUUAGUUGUUCUUGAAGCAGGCCGCUGCACUGUCACGUUCGAUAUGCUUGCCGAAAUGCUUACCCCGGUGGAUCCCGUACGGCUGGCCAUUUACGCCAGCCCCUGGCCCACCUUGCUUAUAAUGUCCUCGUACCUGGUAUUCGUUUUCAAGUUGGGUCCCAAGCUAAUGGAGGGACGCAAGCCCUUCGAACUUCGCACUUUCAUCAAAUUCUACAACAUCGGUCAGGUUUUAUACAACGCGACGAUAAUUUAUUACGGUGCCCAUUUUUUGUUCUACUUGGACACUUACGACUUAAAAUGCAUAAAGCCCUUGCCCCUGGAUCACAGGCACAAGGACUAUGAGCGUUGGAUGACCAACUUGUAUGCAAUUAACAAAAUGAUCGACCUGAGCGAAACGGUAGUGUUUGUGCUACGAAAGAAGUACAAACAGAUAUCCUUUCUUCAUGUCUUUCACCAUGUCAUCAUGGCCGGGAUGUGCUACUUCAUAAUUACAUUUAACGGACAUGGCGGCAUCCUCUUUCCAUUUUGCCUGAUAAACGCAGUGGUCCAUGGCUUUAUGUACACCUACUACUAUCUGUCCUCCUUGAACGAGGCGCUUCAGAAAAGUAUCUGGUGGAAGAAGUACAUCACUAUCAUCCAGCUGCUUCAGUUUAUGAUCAUCAUGGUGAUUUUUCUCAGGAUGAUGAUGGACCCCAACUGCUCGACCCCACCUUUCACAAACUAUCUAGUCGGGAUCAUAAUACCUUCAUUUACCAUUUUGUUCAUAAACUUCUUUUAUAAGUCCUACAUACUGCCAGGCAAAAAGCAUGCCAAGCAGCCCCAGAAUACCGAAAACAAAAAUUAAAGAAAAAGAACUAUA